GACUAUUUUAGCUGCGUGGCAACUAUAGUUUACAUGCGUAAAGAAAAUUGUUUGUAUCAAGCCUGUCCGUCUUCAGACUGCAACAAGAAGGUCAUAGAUCAACAGAAUGGUUUUUACCGCUGCGAGAAGUGUAACAGAGAGUUCCCCAACUUCAAAUAUAGACUCCUACUUUCAGCUAACUUGGCAGACUUCGGGGAUAACCAGUGGGUGACAUGCUUCCAGGAGACAGCUGAGGUCCUGCUGGGUCGCAAGGCAGAAGAGUUGGGACAGCUCAGAGAAACAGACGAGGAAGGGUUUGAUGAAGUCUUCCAGAAAGCCAACUUCUCUACCCACAUCUUUAAGAACCGAGUCAAGCUGGAGACAUAUAAUGACGAGAGUCGGGUGAAAGUGACCGUAAUGGAAGUACUUCCUGUCGACCACAGAGUGUACAGCAGACGACUCCUCAGUAACAUUCGGAAAUUGGCUCACUGAGCCACAUUCACAUCUGGCUGCCUGAUAAUUGCACAUAUGUCUGCUUGGUUUUUGACCAGACCAGGACUGGUGAGACUUUUUCGAACCUCCAGAUUUUAUAUCUGAUACAGGAGCAACCAGUGAGAUCUUUAGCAGGUUUAUAUCUUAAAACACUGACAGAAAAGUUCAUUAAAGGGAUUUUUUUUACAUUCACAAGGCUUUUUGUUUUAAAGAAAUUUAACUUUAAUUUGUGCAAUUUCAAAUUUUUCCUGUUUCUUAACAAGUGAUGUGUGUAUCUGUACAUUUUAGUAGUAGACGUUUGAUUUAAAGCAUGUUGAUAUUCAGUGCUGACUAAGAGAUAAAAAGAAAAAUCCUACUCUUAAUUUUGUAAAAUAAACAUAGCACCAGUGCAUGAGAGUUUCUUUUAGAUCCAUGUUCAGUGUUGUAAAAAUAUUUUUUCUUUGUGUUGUUUUCAAAGGUGUUUUUGUCUCUAAAUGAUGCUAAACUGUGAUUAAAAUAACUUGAAAAUACCCA